CACUGUUCAGCGCUCAAUACACUAUUACCCCUGUUCUCAACGUCAGAUGUACAAACUCAACUGUAUUGUCUUGGGAAAUGACCCAAACUGUAUUUUCCCCGUCGACAUUGCACAAACACAGACUGUUGGUGACCUCAGAAAGGUCAUCAAAGAUGAGAAGAAGCGACAAUUUGACCAUGUUGAUGCUGACAGCCUCAAACUAUGGAAGGUCGACCUGCCUGCCGACGAGACGAUCGAGCACAAGCUUAGCAAUCUUACAUUUGACACAAAGAAAUCCCUAUCACCUGUGGCUAGGGAAACGCACGGGUACGGGUAACACCGCGGUUCUAUGCUGACGGGUUUGGAGGGUACGGGUACGGAGUAGGAUAGUCGUACCCUUGAGCAUACCGUGGCCAUUCACCGCGGGUUGACGGUGUUUGGGCAGGUAUAAUAUACCAAAUCGGGAACCAGGCGCGCGA